CAUCAUCGACAUCAUCACCACCACUCCUCCCACCAACUGCAUAAUAUCAACAACCACCACCACCGCAAAACAUCCCGCUCCAAUUCAUUUCCGCUCACCAAUGCGGCAACGCAGAAAACGCUGAAGGAAAUUCGCAGGAGGAUGUCGUCCUCCUCCGGCAAGUCGUCCGGCUCCUCCGCCAGCAACCUGAGCAGGAGACCGAUCGACCCCAUCACUCGGACUGCGCUGCGAUAUACCUUGUCGCCACGAGAGUAUGAGUUGCUGCACAAAUACUUGAUCGCCCGCGCGCCGCAACGAGUGCAAAAACGAACACCAAACCCCUCGCGAUACGAGAACUACACCAAAACAACCACCGAAAGCGAGGACUACAAUGUCGCGUCGGUACGCGCUGCAUUGCGCGUAUUCGUCGCGUUGUUCUCUGCACUGAAGAGCAUGGAUUUCGUGCUGGCGAAAAUUGCGCAGAGAAGAGGAGUUGUCACCACAACAAAACCUGCGCCAAAAUACAAAAACACGCGGAUCGCGCUGUCGUUCUCCACGAUGCUGUUCUUCCAUCGCAUUCUCCAUCGCUUCUUCAUCCGACUGCGAACAGAACUGCAGUUCGACAACGCAGAGCCCUUCCGGACUAGGAAUCCGAGGAUAUCACAAGCGCUUACAUCCAAAUACACCCCUGCCAUUGGAGCAUCGCUUGCUGGCUUUUGCUUGGGCGCGUCGCCUGCUGAGCAACUGCGCGUGACAAUUGCGAUCUAUGUCUUUUCCCGCAGUCUGGAAUUCGGAUACAAUCAUGCUUCGAGCAAUGGACUGAUCUGGGGCAAGGGCAAGGACCGUCCGUGGUGGUUCGGCAGCUGGCUGCUCAUGCCCUUCGCUUGCGGACAACUGCUGCAUGCGUUCGUGUUUGAUCGCGAUUGUUUUCCAGAAAGCAUGGGAGCUUUCAUCCUAAAGAGAAGUCCUGAGUACAUACAGCUCCGCCCCAAGGACUACCCGAUUGGGCGCAGCUGGCCUGGCACGUUCGACAUCGUCGACGGCUUAGCAGAGAUCAGCAAGCUGCGGUGGCCCGCCUUCGUCAGCCCGAUACUCUUCCCCAACAACCCACAAACACUUCCCGGUGGUGCAGCCGUGCAACGGCUCGCGCCCAUCUCAUCACCCGCACAUCCUGGCACGAAGCACACUUCGUGUGCCUUCCUCCAUCCCAAAGACCCGAGCUGCGCAAGGACAUAUCUGAAGUACUGGAUCGCAGCCUUUCCGCCGAUUCUCAAAUUUUUCACGAUGAUCUACGGCGCCUUUGCUCUGCUGGCUUACAAGGCCCUGCUCAAGAAUCCGAGCCCGGUCCUGAACCGUAUAUCCCAGCGUAUCAUCAAGAUGUCCCUCUUCAUCACUGGCGCCAUCGGUACGUCAUGGGGCAGCAUUUGCCUGUUCAAUAAUGUUCUUCCGCGCAACUUGCUUCCAACCCAACGCUGGUUCCUUGGAGGCUUCAUGGGCGGGCUCUGGGCGUAUGUGGCGCGGAACCAAGAACGGGACAACUUCAUGUACAGUUUCCGACUGAGUCUCGAUUCGUUCUACAAGGUCGGAAAGAAGCGAGGAUGGUGGCGAGGAGUGAAGAAUGGAGAUGUUUUGUUGUUCGUGGCCAGUCUGGCGGCUAUUAAUUACGUCUAUGAGGCGCAGCCUGGUGCUGUGCAGGGCGCGAUGAUUAGAAAGACUUUAGGUGUGUUCAGAGGUGAAGGGUGGGUCGAUCGCGCUGCUUCUUCGUCGAAGAAGGAUGGAAAGAGGAGGGCCAGAGAAGGAGAGGGAAUCGUGGAGGAACUGGAAAGAGUUGGCGAGGAGAAGAAGGAUAUCUAGGGCAAUAAUGAGGUUUGUGAGAAGUGAAAGUGAAUUUGCAUGGAGAAAUUGGAGGAUGAUGUUAUGAGAGACUGUGAUACCCAAUGUUGAUUUAUUGUACAGCAUAAUGUUGAUAGUGAAAUAGGAG